AUCCUGGGGUGGGAAUGUAGAUCACAAGCAACCUUCUCUGUCACAACGAAUGUUCGCUUUACAUUCACACACAGAAUGAGAUCCACCGCACCAAAAAAGCUGUUGUCCCUGAGAGUGAAUUCACAAGUGGACACAUUCAUCACUGUGUGAGAUGGCCACCGCUGGUUAAAUAAGGCAGAGGGAAAGUUCAGGUGCCCUGACACCACUUUGGACUAUGCUUUCCAUUGGAGGCAAUUCAUAUAUUCAGCUGCAAAUCACUGAGUAAUGUAUGUGAAUGUGUACAUCAGCCUUGAGCUACAUUUUACUUUAUAUGCUCUUCUUAUUUUACAUUUAUUUAACAUCAACAGCGUGCGAGUGCUCUCAUAGUAAUAAUAAUAAUAGUAAUAAUAAUUUAUUAAUUGUACACAGUGCUUUUUUCUGGGGGUACUGGCACCUUUCCCCCACAAAUGUUAAAAGUGUGGCAUUUAUUAGAAUGACUUCAUGGUGAGUACCGGCACCUUUUUUUCUUAAAAAAAAGCACUGUUUGUACCCCACCCAUCUGACUGGGUUGCCCUAGCCACUCUGGGCGGCUUCCAACACAGGAUACACCAGACAUUUGCUUGAAAAAGGUCAGUGAGAUAUAGGGGUUAGAGCAGCCUUAGUCCCCAGAUGUUAUUGAACUACAACUCCCAUCACCCUAGCUAGCAAGAACUGAGCUCAGAGCUGAUGGGAGUUGUAGUCCAACAACAUCUGGGGACCCACAGGUUGAGAACCGCUGGGUUAGUGUCAAAUUAUGUUCUGACUGAGCUUUCAAAGGUAUGAUGCUUCUGACUGUCAGCUGCUGGGAAUCCAAAAUGGCGAGAGUGCCCUUGGUCACCCAGUUGGCUGGACUUUGAUGAGCCUCCCAUCCGAUCCAACAGGGCUCUUUUUAUGCUCUUCUGUCCCUAAGAGAGGACCCUGGUGGAAAAAAGGACCAUCAUGGAAGGAGGCUGGAGAUGAUUCAGGCAUAUUGUUAUGCACAAAUAAAUGUUCAUUAGCAGACUGAAUGUAAUUUUCUAUGAUAAAUCCAGCCACAGGGAACAUGGCACAGGAGUGCCUUUUGAGAUGCAAACCACAGGAAUAUAAUAUGAGAGGUUUUAUAGACAAACAGGGCAAAACUGUUCCAGACUGAACCACUUUAGCUGGGGUUGGGGGUUGCAUGGCUGAACGCAUAUCUAUUGUUGCAUGCCACUCCAAUCUCCGAGUGGGGUUCCAGGUGCCUGCCGAGGGUUCAUGAUUCCUCUGGGAAAUGAGGCAUAGUGGAGACUGUAGUGUCUUUCUAAUAUAUGGUUUAUGUCCACCUAUAUACAACCUGAGCCUACAAUGGACGGGCUCACAGCGUAAACACCCCAAAAGGGCCUUGUUUCUCCCAUAGCUGCAACCUUGGAUUCAAACAGAAAUCAAACAUUGCUCUCAAAUAUUGCUCUUCCUCUCUCCAGAUUGCUGCUUUCCUUGCUAGGUCACAUCACUGCUCCUAUUAAAACUAAACUCUGGUUUUAUCUGUUGAGGGAGGGGCCCCCACAUAUUUGCUAUCUCACACCACGCCCUUAAUGUCUCAUCGCCCACCCAGGCUAUCACCUGACAGUGAGAGCUGUUUGACAGCAGAAGUUGGGGACUCUCCUUCCUUUGAGGUUUUAAGCAGGCGUAGGAUGGCCAUCUGUCAUCUAUGCUUUAGCUGAGAUUUCUGCAUUGCAGGGGUUGGACUAGAUGACCCUUGGGGUUCCUUCCAACUCUAUGAUUCUAUGAGCUCACCAGGAGGCUAGCCUGGCUGUUCCAAGAGUUAGGAAUUUUGAUUAAAUUCUAACACCUGCUGGAUCCAGCGAUUAGAGGGGUCUAGCACCCAGGUUAAGACCCCAAACUCAUAACUAUAUUUUAAAGCUCCCUGAGCAUAAAAAUUAGAGAAGGACGCUAAUAUAUAUUUCUCCCGAGCAGCAAAUCAGCAAACGUCUCUAAAGCCUGUGCAAAACUAUUCAAGGAUCAGAAUAGGUCUCCUGAAUACAGAGUGAGCAGGAACUUUCUGUCCAGUAUAUAUUUUUUCUUCCCACAUAAGAGUAAAGAUUUCUCCUAAUUGGACUGUUUUGUUCAAAUAAUCCUCUCUUGCCACUAAUCACACCCUGAGCCAUUAAGUGGAAAUUACUGUCAAGACAACUUUCUUUCUAGCUGCAAAGAGAACAAAAAGGUAAAGGGGGGAAUCUACAGGUAAAGGCAAGUAGACCAGUUCAGUUUCCAUCACACUGCUACCACCUGCCAGAAAACCUUUUGGAUGAGUACCUGAUAUCAUAUCUGACUCAUAGGCUGAAUCAGAUGAGGGUUAUUUUCUGUCCAUCAUCAAUCAGCAGGGUAAAAACACAAAAGAAUAAAAUACAUGGGUUAUUUUUUUAAAAAACAACCAUAACAACAAAGUACACAAAGCUAACAUCUUAUGAUGAGUUUUGUAAACUGGCCAAGAAAGUUCAUCAAACUGAAAUGGAUUGAUCAUUCCCUCUAAUAGCCAACUCCAGUGGCUGAGUGCCUGUCAGUCUGGAAGCACAUGGUUCCCCUUGAAAAUAAGGUUGCUUUUAGAGACAUGUGUAUAGCAGGGGUGGCUCACCUGUGAUCUUCCAGAUAUUGUUGGAUUCUCAUUAUCCCUGACUAUUGGUCUGACUGAGGCUGAUGGGAGUUAAUCUAAGCAGCUAUACUUCAUUUUCAUUUAUUUCAUUUCAUUUAUAGUGGUACCUCGGGUUUCAGACACUUCAGGUUACAGACGCUUCAGGGUACAGACUCCGCUAACCCAGAAAUAGUACCUCAGGUUAAGAACUUUGCUUCAGGAUGAGAACAGAAAUUGUGCUCCGGCAGCACGGUGGCAGCAGGAGGCCCCAUUAGCUAAAGUGGUGCUUCAGGUUAAGAACAGUUUCAAGUUAAGAAUGGACCUCCAGAACGAAUUAAGUUCUUAACCCGAGGUACCACUGUAUUAAAUUCCUUCAUCUGAGGACCCCCCCCCGGGGGGGGAGGGUUACAAUAUAAAAUGGGGGGAAAGUACAUAACAUAGUCACAAACAGAAACGAUAGCGCCCACAGCAUUUCAUUAGCAGUACCUGGGAAUUGCAAUGGUUGUUUUGUGUGAGCCACCCUCAAACAUAGAGCUGCAAUCUUAGGUCUUGGAUUGCACUGUUGCACAAGCAGAAUUUAAAAGAUAUUGCGCACUGAAUUCACCUUUCUGGGUCAGCAGAAACAGAGGAAAGCCUUUCUCCUUCAGACAAGAUUGUCUCUUUGUUCCUGAGGAAGCCGUUACUGAUUACAGUAGAGGAACCUAACCUUGGAUCCUGCCCUAGCACCAAGAUCCUAACAUGCGAUCUUGAAAUGACACUAGAUGGAUUCAUUCUGCUGCUCCACUCCCCUGGCUUCUAACCAAGUAGGUCAAAGUUUUCUACAUUCCUCAUAACCCAUAUAACAUGAGUGAGAGCCGUUCAUAUCCUUCAAAGUGCCAAAAUAUAUGAAAUCUAAGUACCACAAUGCAAUUGGGUUGUACCUUGAUGUACAACUGGGCAGGAGACAGAGCAGACUUCCUUCUCAUUGCAGUUCAAGUUCUGAAGCAGAGGUGGGGGGGGGUGUUGAAACAGGGGCGUUAGCCAUCCUACUGCCUAGCAAAUGAAUGUCCUUGUCCAUCUCUGUGGCAUUUAGCAACUGAGCCUGGAAAUUGUACAUGAUGGAGAAAGCUAGGAAAAAGUUUGCAGACCAGCAACCCAAGAUUGAUUUCUCUGCAUCUGCAUUAUCAAUGGCAUAAGCAUUUCGUGCAGCCAAGUCACACAGCUUGUGCAAUCAUUUGCAAAUUUGAUGUCUCUAUCUAUCUAUCUAUCUAUCUAUCUAUCUAUCUAUCUAUCAUCUAUCCAUCUAUCUAUCUAUCUAUCUAUCUAUCAUCUACUGAUCUAGUGGUUUAUUUAGGGCUUUGUAAAGAAGAAGUCAUCCUUCCACUCCUUGAAGCGAGGCCUUGAGGCCCCUCAUCUUCAAACCAAGCAGGGCCUGGCAUCCAAAAACGUCUUCACAAAGUCACCCCGGAUGAGUCACUAAGAUCUGCUUUGAUGAUUCAUCGGGGGCCUCCUGGGACGAUGGCACAAGAGGCAUCUUGGAGAGGCCUGGAAGGAGAGGGCUCCUUCCUACGUAGAUACAAACCCCAGAUUGCAUCAUCUGGAAAAACCACACGGAAGACGGCUCUCUGCGUGCAGACUCUCAAGUAGGGGGCCACCACCCCCCAAAAGAAGGAAGGAAGGAAGCGAGCGAGCCCUGAGGUGACUGGAUGCUGAUCCGUCUCCAUCACGCCUUGGGGCGGCCUGUGCGGGUGGGGUCUUCUCAUGUGACUCACAUGAUAAAUACCAGGGAGCAAUUAGGCUGAGGCAGAGGAAGCUCUCUGGCCCUCCCCACCGCCAGGAAUAUAAAGUGGAGAGAGUUGGCUUGGUGUGCAUUCACUGAGCCCCACACCCAGGGAAGCAGCAGCGUCCUCUCACAGUAAGUGCCCUCUCCGUGCUUCAGCGUUGGCUCCUUGCCUUAGGCAUCACUUGCAUCCAGGUUCCUGCAUCUCUCCGCAGCAUCCAGCGGGAGGACCAGUCGCCUUUGCCUUCUUUUCAUCUCGUCUAGGCUGAGAUGCGCCGGCAAGGAGGGGAAAGCCUGUAUUCAACACACGCCCACCCCUCACAUUUCUCUCUCUCUGUCUCUGUCUCUUUGCUACAGCUUCUCAGAACUUUUCAGCAGCCGUAGGGCGAGAGGAGGGGACGACGGUCCGGGCUUUUCCUCGACGGCAUCCUCUCCACCUCCUGCCGUCCCCACCAAGGCUUCCUCGGGCUGCUCCUCGACGUGGAGGAAAGCGGGCGGCGGCGACGAUGAAAUUCCUGGCGGUUUUGACCGUGCUGUUCCUAGUCUCGGCUCAAGCAUUUGCGGAAGAGCUGGGAGACAACGAGGAGCUGAAUUACUGGUCGGACUGGUCCGAUGGCGACCAAAACAAGGUGAGCGAAAGAUGCUUUUCAAGCCCCGACGGCUACGUCCGGUGGUGGCUUUUUUUCGACGGUGGCGCGCACGGGCGGUGGGGUGUUACUGGGAUCGUGCUGGUUUUUGCUGUUGAGUUUGAACUGGUUCUAAAACCAGAGAUCACGUCUGGGGAAAGUCCUGGGCUUCACGGGUACACAGCGAUUUUCUCCGGGGCGUGUGUGUGUGUGUGUGUGUGUGUGUUUAUUAGACAGGGAGAGGAAGGCAAAUCCACAGGGUUGGUUUUUUUCUCAAAACCCUCGUCUGUCCAUGCAACUUGCCAACAUGUUUCUCCCCAGCAAAGGAAUUCACAGCGUCGUCGGAGAAACUGCGGACGGUUCUGUGGAUGCCCCGUUAAAGAUUAGAAGCAAAGGAGACCGAGAAAGAAAGAUAUAUUUUUUUCAUCGCUAGCUAUACUCAGAGCAGAUCCCUUAAAAGUAACGGGCAUGGCUCCCGUAUGUACAUUAAUUUCAACGUAUCUACUCUGAGUAGGGCUUAGUUGGACGCCACCCAAUGCACUUUCUUUUUAUUUCUUCGUUCAUAUUAAGGCUGCCGUCCUUUCCUUGCGAACGGCCAAGCCCCGAUGAACGCAGGUGGGGUUUAUGCAUCGGACAGCGCCGCAAAACUGCAAUCCGAUGCACGCUUAAUCUGAGAGUAAAUCCGAGCCAAGAGGGUGGGAGUUUACUUCGGAGUUAAGCGUGUUUUAGAUUCGGCUGGCUGCGCAGCCAGAGCUGAGAAAAUGGGAAAAUUUUAUUCGUUUCGGACACGGAAGAUGCAGUGUGUUUUAUAAGAACUCCUAUACCAUCCUAAUGAAACAACUUCUGAGCGGAUUGCACUGGGAAGCGGGGCGCAGGGGUCGUUUGGAGUUCGAUCCUUAAAAAUUCCCAUUUCUUCCCCUGCCAGACCCCACCAGAGAUAAUAGAUAACAAAGUUGAGAGGCUACUUCUUUGAGAUUUCAACUUCCUUCCUCACCCUCCCAAGACUGGUUACAUUAGCUCAUGGGGCAAAAGUGUCACACAGGUUCCAGGUAUAGGAUAGAGGGAUAGAAAUACAGUGGCACCUGAAGUUACAGAUGCUUCAGGUUACAGGCACUUCAGGUUACAGACUCCGCUAACCCAGAAAUAGUACCUCUGGUUAAGAACUUUACCUCAGGAUGAGAGCAGAAAUCAUGUGGCGGUGGCGCGGUGGCAGCGGGAGGCCCCAUUAGCUAAAGUGGUACCUCAGGUUAAGAACAGUUUCAGGUUAAGAACGGACCUCCAGAACGAAUUAAGUUCUUAACCCGAGGUACCACUGUAGAGAAAAGUCAGUUCUAAAGUGCUCCUGUCCUGUGGAAUAACAUUUCUGUCAAGCUCCACAGGUGCCCACUAUCUUUACCUUCUAGAAAGACACAUUUGCUCCAACAGCCUUUCCCAGCCAGAUAGGUGGGUCUUUGUCCUUAGUGUCUAUUUUGUAUUGCAUUACUUUUGUACUAAAUGUAUUGGUUGGUUGGUUGUGCAUUUGUGUUUUGCUGUUUUUCACUGCUUUUAUUGUGCAUCACUUUGGGGCGAUUGCUUGGAAAGCAAAUAAUAAAUUAUUAUUGAGAAUAAUAACAACAGCCAGGUAGUGCCUGAAUAUAGGGAUAAGAAUCUGUGGGUCUCCCAGGUGCUAUUCAGGUUGCUUAUCUGCAAGCCACCUGCAUGCCAAGGUUAGAGUGCAUUCCCCACAUUCAGGGUUGCCUGCAACAGCAGGAUGUGGGAAAACACAGUAUCUAGACCAGGGUAGACAGAGGUUGCUGGACUCCAAAUCCCACCAUCCUCAAUCAUUGGUUUUCUGGCUGGGGCUGAUGGGAGUUGUAGUCCCAACAGGAUCUGUAGGGCACCACAUUGACUAUUAUUGAUCUAGACUAUGCCGGUAGCACAGUGCCCAUAAAAUGGAAAGAUGCUUCGGAGCCUAUGAAACAUGUGUCCUCCUGCAACAGUUCCUGGUCUUGCUUCCAACUUUGCACCAGAAAAUUUGAAGCAGGAGGCUUCUGGGCAGACAUGCAUCCAAAUUAUUUAAAGACUCCAAUGUCCUUUCCAUCCUUUCAGGUCAAUUCCAUCCAUGCCCUGCUCUGUUUCAGAUUGGAGUGGUGGCAGUGGUGGUUUUCUCUUGCUGUCAUUUCCCCCUUCUUUUUUCCAGUACUGGAUACAGUCUUUGGGGCAUCUUUAAGGGUGAUGGAAGACAAUGACAAGGAUUCUUCUCUAUCACUAAUACACAAACACAAACGACAGCAAAGCGCUCCUGAACUGUAAUGCAAAUUAUAAUGGGAUGAGAAAUAGGGAGUGAUUACCAGUGGGCACAGGAUAAAAGAGGAAAAUCUCAAGGGCAAGCUAUAUAUUUCUUAAUACAGUGGUACCUCGGGUUACAUACGCUUCAGGUUACAUAGACUCCGCUAACCCAAAAAUAAUGCUUCAGGUUAAGAACUUUGCUUCAGGAUGAGAACAGAAAUCGUGCUCCGGCGGCACAGCAGCAGCGGGAGGCCCCAUUACCUAAAGUGGUGCUUCAGGUGAAGAACAGUUUCAGGUUAAGAACAGACCUCUGGAACGAAUUAAGUACUUAACCCGAGGUACCACUGUAAAUACAAUAUGUAGGCUGAGCUGCAGCCGUCAGUUUCUCUGAACUAUGUUGUUUUACCUUGUCAUACUGGGGUUCUGGGAAAACUUCCAUAGCACUGGAAUUUUUUUAUCUUUCUUGGCAUGUAUAUACAGGAUUGCAGUAGGGUUCAAUACCAUAAAAUCACUCAUCAAAAACCUGUAUCUAAUACUUAAGUUAAGGUUGGAUAACAUCCACAAAUUCUCACUGUGUGUUGCAGAAACCUGGCUACUAACUCUGUCUUAUCCCCAUUCUGAAUAAACACAAGGAAGGCUACCUUACAUUCAUCUGCAUGCCAUUCCCUACUAACAACCAACUGAUUAAUAAACUUAGAUCGAAUUGUCUGAUAGCAGGGGCAGUGCAAAAGAACAUGCACAACUGAUUCUAUUUGUCUCUGCCCACAGUAACAAUGGAUAUAGGCAAUAGGGGAAUUGCAAUGGGGUCCUAAGUUUGCUCUGCAGCGCUGCUCUCCAAAGGCAUGUUUCUUAAGCAAAUAAUGUGAGAUCGUGUGAGAUUUUGUCAGUUUCAAGACCUCCUCUGCAGUUUGCUCAAAUAAUACAGUUUUGGAAUGUGAAAUUGAGUGCAUCUGUAGCACAUAUCACUCCAGGGUUCCUCACCCUGCAAAACGCAGUGAGGUGGAAUCUGGACUGAACACCAGGGUUUGCUUGCUAUUUGUUCUCCAGUGGUUUAGAACAGGGAAAUUGAAUCUCUUUUACCUCUCUACAAUGUGGGAGGGAAGGGUUAGAAACCUAGCUCAGUUGGUAGAGCACGGGUUGUGGGUUCGAACCCCACAUUGGGCAAAAGAUUCCUGUGUUGCAGGAGGCUGGACUAGAUGACUCUCGUGGUCCCUUCCAACUCUACAAUUCUAUGAUUCUAUGUGACUUUCCAGGCAUUGUUGUACUACAACGCCCAACAUCUCUGACCAUUGGCCAUGCUGGCUGGAGUUGGAGUCCAGCAACAUCUGGAGAGCCACAGCUUCCUCACCCAUGGAAUAAGACCAUCUUCUGCCAGUUGGUUGGGUUGCUUGGGCUUGACAGGGAAGAUGGCACCAACACAGAAUUUAAGACUCAGAAUCAUACUUCAGUUUAGUGUCAUACAUGCUGGUCUUUAAUUUUUGUUAGACUCUGACCUCUUAGUGAUGGGGGUUUUUUUAGUGCUGAUGAGGAAAUGCUAGGGAUUCUGCUACACCUUGAGUAAAUGCCUGCUAAUUUCAGGGCAGCAAAAGUACAUCAUUAUUACAUAGUCAUCAAAAAUAAAGAGGACUAUAGAUAAUGAUAAAAAGUUGCUGGCAGGGGAGAAGUAAAAGGUCAUCUCCCAAAGAUUUGGAGAGAUGGAGCUCCUAGAGAAACAUGGCAUCCAUUGUCCAUUUUCACAGGAUCCUUAAUCCUCAGUUAUCUUUUUCCUAAACUAGCCAACACACAUUCAAAUGUUAUCAUAUUUAAAGUGAGCUUACACACCAAGUGAUUGCUGAAAGAACCGUCACAGACCAGACACAACAGCUUUCAUAUCAUACCCCACAAAACCUUAAGUAUGGGGCUCAAUAGAAUCAGCUGAUAGACAUCAAGUGACAGUUGACUGAGGGAUGAGAAAUCAAGCAAUGUGCAUGUAUGGAUCCGGCUUCAUCCUGACCAAAAGCCACCUGGGUUGAUUAGAAAUGGUUGGGCAGCACAACUGAGCAGAAAUAGAUUGUUGUUAGGUCUUGCUCUGAACCACUAACAACACCUUGUGAUGUCUGAAGGCUUAAAGAAGAUGUUUUAAGUUAAUUUGAAGUAAUUCAGUAAGCAAGGGACAUUCUACCUAUUCCUGUCUCAACAUCCACUUUUAAAAUUUGGUGGAUGAUCAAAACUGAGUCACACAUGGAAUUUGAUACUAGCUGCAGCAUUCAACUUUCUGAGAAUCUUGAAUUUUCAGAAAUUCUCUGUCUGGUCUGGUUUGUUUGUUUGUUUGUUUGUUUGUUUAUAUCCCACCAUUUCUCCCAAAGGACCACAGUCUACACUGACAGACAUGCAGGUUUUCAAUAUAACCUCAGCAGUUAGUGGGUGCCUAAGGGUUUGACACAUUACCAGUGGCUGGAGGAAGAAAGUCUUUGUUGCUGUGCGCCUCUCCAUAAAAGAAUUAGCAAGUGUGACUUGCCACGAAGUGCUGCAGUGUGCUGUGUGUCAGGGCUGGCCCCCAUCACCAGGCAAAGUGAGCUGGUUGCCUGAAAAGCGGGAAGCAGUAGCAAGAUGUUGGAAAACAGAGCUGCGCAUCCUGCACAGCUUGCCGAGUUGCCCCUCACCUGUCCUGCUCAGGUGCUGUUAGAAGGUGCUGUUCCAUUGUCAGUGCUGAAUAAGCUUCAGUCGCCAAUACGUUUGCCUUUGGUACAUGGAAAGGGAAGGGAUGCUAUUGUGGAAAGGGAAGGGAUGCUAUUGUCUCAUUUGCCUCGGGUAGCAAAACACCAUGUGGAUGAGCCCUGUGCUCACAGUUCUGGUCAGCCAGCCAUACCAUUUCCCCUUGCUAUUCCAUUCCAUUCCCUCCCCUCUCCAAGAUUUGUUUGUUUUUCUGUUUGUUUUUCUCCCAGAUCAGUCAGCAUACCAAGAUGCUAAUACUCAAUCCACACUGGACUACUUUUGGAGUUUCUCAUCAUCUUGGGGUUCCCCAGAGCCUGCUGUUACCUCCCUCUUGUGCACAGGUGGUACUAUUUUGGCCACAUGAACAGUGACACUCUCCUCUGAACUUUGGGAAUAGAGGGAGUCGUGCUAAAAUAAGCAAAUUGUUUUUAAUAAAUUUAAAAAUAGCGACAUUGGGAUCAUGGUGGCACAGAAUGCUGUGCUGGUGUUGAUUUUAUUUAUUUCUUUUUUAAAGUGUUUAAUACAUGCCUAACCACUGCAUAUGAGAAGUAAUGCAAAUCUAAAUUGUGGGUUGAGUGCCGCAUGUGAGUCACGCCUUCAUUCCAGCACUUGCUUUGAAUUGAUUGAUUUGGGGAACAUCUGGAUUAGUUAUGAAAAAAGCUCCUCUGUGCAUGUCUAGAGUGCCUCUCCCAAAACCCUGAGCAGCAAUAUAUUUUGGUUUCAGGCUAGAAAACACGCUACGUCCAGCACGCUCCUACUUUUUAAAAACCAAAGACCCAGCAGAGGUGGUUUUGUGUCUAUUUGGUGUGCAGUGGUGAGCCUUGUUGCAUGUGAGCUCACACAGAAGAACAUAGGAAGCUGCCUAGACUAGAGCAUUUCAAGGGGGGCGGGACUGUGCUUUAGUGUUUCCACUCCUAUCUCCAGAGCCAUUUCCAGAAAGUAGUCAUGGGAGACUUUGAAUCAGUGCCAUGGGAGUUGUUAUGUAGUCUCCCCCAUGCUGUUUAACAUCUAUAUGAAGCCUUUGGAAGCUGCCAUCAGGACAUCUGGAGUGCAUUGCCAUCAAUAUACAGGUGACACCCAGCAUUAUCUCUCUCCUCCAACUGAAUGAAGAGAGGCAGUCGAGGUGUUAGACCAAUGCUUGCAGGCAGUAAUAGGUCAGAUAUGGGUCAAUAAACUGAAGCUGAAUCCUGAAAAGACAGAGGUGUUAUGUGUUAUGUGUUCUGAGUUCUGAGUUCUGAGUCCUUACAUCUGGGAGGUGGCCAGCCCUGGAAGGGGCAAGUUUGCAGUUUGGGGUUUUUUUCUGGAUUCAACAGUGUCACUGAAGCCUCAGGUGGCCUCAGUGCCUUUUUCCAGCUCUGGUUGGUUCGCCAGCUACAGCCCCCUUUGGAUAGAAAUGACUAGACCGCUGGACUCCAUGGUUUGGUAACUUCCAAACUGGAUCAUUGUAAUGUGCUCUAUGUGGGGCUGCUCUUGAAAGAUGACUUGGAAACUUCAAUGGGUCCAAAAUUCAGCAGCUGCAUUACUGGCUGGCAUAUCCUUCAGAUUUCAUAUAACCCUAUUUUAAAAACAGUUGCUCUGGUUGCCAGUUUGUUUUCAGGCCCAGUUCAAGGAGUCCACAUUAACUGAGACGACUCAGGUCUCAAAUGCCUGAAAAAUGGCCUCCUUCCCUGCAGACCCUCUCAGGUGCUAAAAUCAGCAGAGGGAGCCCUCUUGGUGGUGGGGUGGUGGCCCUAGAAAGGGCAUUCUCUGUGGCUGCCCCUAAAUUGUGGGGCUGCCUCCCCACAGUGCUGCAUCUGGCACCUUUAUUAUACAGAUUUGGGUAAACACUAAAGAUGCACCUCUUUACCUCUGGCUUUUGACCCUUGAGAUGUAUAUUUUUGGGACCACUUUAUUUCUGUAUUUUAAAGUUAAUUUAAACUGUUUUUAAAAUUGUGUUUUAACUGCCCUGGGACCCUGAGGUGAAGGGCUGGGUAAUGAAUAGUAAUCAUCAUCAUCAUAGUAAUGUCUACAAUGGUUGACAGCAGCUUUCUAGAGUUCGAGUUCCUAGCAACCCUUAAACCACAGGGACCAGAAUUAGUCAAAGGAAAGAAUGUACUUUUAACGUGCUUUUAUGUGCACAAGUCUUGACUGCCAACAGCUUCCGUCCAGGAAACAUGUUUUCUGUAUCGUCCAUUGUAUGUUGGGCUCAGCUUCUGGCCCAGCAUAACCAAACUUCCUAAAUAUAAAACAGUGGUGGCUUUUAUGUGUCCCGUGUGACAAUGGAUCCAGCUUAAAUCCACAUGAUACGGGAAUAUGAAAGCUCCAUUGCUUUCCACACCCAUUUAAUUUCCCUUCCAUGUCAACUCUCACAUAUACAACUGCUACAAACAGUGCCAAAAAAGUUCAAAAGCACAGGUAAGCUUCUCAUGUAAAAGCUCCUUAAGAGAACUAUUAGCACAUCCCUUAAUGAAUGCAUCCCCAUAGGGCCAAACCACAUGUGACUCACCUGAUGUUCUAAAGCAGAUUUAAAAUGUGCUGCAAAUUUAAAACAAUGCAAAGCUGUGUGAUGAUAAGGAUAAUGAUGCUAAUAGUUGGAUAUUUUCAUGAGAUUCUAAAUUUAACUGAAACACUGGAGCACCGGAGGAAAUUGCAUCUUACACUUCCAAACAUAUACAUUCCUCUGAUCUAAAUUGUCCAUCCUUGUUCUUAUGUUUACCUCUUCACGCCUGUUUCAAAAUGCUCAUCACAGAUCUUCAGUAUGAGGUGUAGUUUGCCCCUAGUUUUGGGAUUUUCUGACUUUGUAUUUCCACUGCCCCCUAGCGGCCUCCUUGUGACAGAACAUAGGGUAACUUGAUUCCAGAUUGGAUUUUGAUUGGAGUUCUGUCUGGAUUCUGUUUAGUUCAUAAUCUGGCCUUAGAUGGAAAGACAUUUUCCUUUGCAACAGGAUCAUUUCUCCCUGGAGACUUUGGGAAAAGGCAGACAAGAAAAGUGAGGAAACUAAAGCACCAUAUGCUGAGUGAUACUUAAUACCUCCAGACUGAAGGGCUUCUUUUUUUGUUCACCCAACAUUGCGCUGUCAGUAUCGCACCCCGAGUGCUCUGCUAAUGAUACAAUAUCUCUGUUUCAGGAGGAGUUGCCUCUACCCUUUGAGCACUUCCUCCAGAGAAUUGCCAGGCGACCAAGACCUCAGCAAUUCUACGGCUUAAUGGGCAAACGAGAUUCUGGUGAGAACCCUUUUCCGAUCUCACUCUUUCAUGCAGCUCACUUGAUUUAUAUGCAAGAUGGUUUCAGCUAAAACUGUCGGCUCUUUUAUCAAAAUUGUUUAAACUUCCCUUUCUUUGGAAUCAGUUUAAAAUUAAAAGCCACCACAACUAACAUUUAGCGGUUGGACACGAUGCGUUUAGCAAAACACCAAAACGUUUACAUUCCCGUCCUGAAAAGUCCCAUGGAAAGAAACCCCCCUGCUGCAUGCAAUCAAAGUAUUUUCUAGUGCUGGGCUGAAUAAUUUCACCCAGUGAUUCUUCAUCAUUUGGAAAUAUGGGGUUAAUCUUGGAGAAGGAAGGAAAUUGGGGUCUCUGCAGUAGCAGGACCACCUCACCUCCUCUACUGGCAGAAGCUGGUGAAGCAGACAGGGAUGUCCAAUGAAACCUAAUUGCCUCUAAACCUAACCUAACCACCGAAACCUAAUUGUUGCUACACAAGUUGAGGGUUAGGGUUGCAGCCUCACUAUGCAUAAUAUCAGGGCAGGCUAUGAUGAGGAGCCUCAGACUCAGAUGCUGAAUGCAGCCCUCCAACUCAGGCCACACCCCUCCCCCAGGCCACACCCCCUCACCAGGCCACACCCCUCACCAGCCCUGCUUCCCAUCCUUCUUGAGAGUUUUUGCAUGACUAAAAUAUGUCUUUGAGCUCUGAGAAUGCCCUUUGCUUGCCUGAACGGACAGAGAGGGGUACAUACAAAGUAUCUAACUGUAUAAAGGUUAAAUAUGCAUUUCUUCUUCUUCAUUUUUAAAGAAACAAAUUGUUAUUGGUUUUUAAACAAAUACAAGACCCGUUAAAUGCUUUUCCAGCAGUACAUCUAAUGGUGUAUGUUCUAUCCAUUGACUCUAGACCGAAACUUACACAUUCAGUGUUCAAACAUAUAACUUAACGUGACCUCUCCACUGAGAAUAUUGAGCUGUUGGUAUAACAAGGUCUUGAUUUUGAUCAUUAACAUGGUUAAAGAAAGGGGGCCAUGUUUCUUGGAAGGCGUCUCUGUUCGUUAUGACUUUAAUUGUCCUCCUGUGUCUGGUGAGACGCUCAGAGACUGCUGUAUCCCAGAUAUUACUUUCUCAUAUGUUCAGGGGUAUUUCAGUCUGGUUCUUCCAUUGUUGAGCUAUUGCUAACCAAUAUAUAUUUCUUCUUCCAUCCACUCAUGUCUCUAUCCCCCUCCACGACUUGCAUGCAGCCUCUGGGGAGUUACCCAGAAGGAAAGUUGGUCCUCAGGUAAAAAGAUCUCUCCUUAUCCACCAAUGCGCGCGUGUGUGUGCGGGCACACACACACACAGUAGUAGCAACAAUACCAGUGAAUCUGCUAAAUUACACUGCAUAUAAAACCAGUAGUUAACAAAAUCCAUUUCAUUUUAUUGCUGUAUUUUGCAUCCGGAACAUCCCUCGCAGAGGGAUUUAGUGGGGAAGUUGGGGAAUGUAUAAAGGCAUGUUCUUUUUUUAAAGGAAGCUCGUGCAGGAAGCAAUCCUGGCGUAUUGUGCCUGUAUUGAAAAGUGUUUCGUGGCCAUGAAUUAUUCGGAAAAUAAUCAGUGCAUUAACUGCAAUGUAACGCUACUGAGCUGGUGCUAAACGCUUUUGUUCUUUUCAUGAACACGACACAAUGAAAUGCCAUCUCUACUACUUCAGCUAAUUGUUUCUUUUUUUAUUGUUUUCCAGGAUACAGCCCUCUCUCCCAUAAAAGUAAGUUAAUGCUGGUUUUUCUGGAAAUAAUGCUGAUUCCUUCCCCUACAAUAAUUGCCCAGUGUGCCCUUUCCGGCUGAUUUCAAUGCAACUGAUAUCCAGGACUGCAAGUUCACACCUGUUUCUCAUUGCUUCCAAACCAGAAACAGGGAAAUGCUGAAGUACAUUCUGGAGCUUCAUGUUAACAAAAGCUGCUCUGUGAUUGUCUGUACAGGGGACUUCGUGUAAUUGCAGACAAUAUAAUUCACGGAUAAUUUUUGCCAAUUGGAGGGAAUCAGGUGAUCACUGCGUGGCUCCAAUCUGACUCUUAAGUGGGAGUCAGCACUUCUGAACACAGUGACACUUACUUCUAAGUAAACACACAUAGGGUUGCUCUGAAUUUCCAUUGUGGCAACAGCUUGCUUACUCAGAAGUAAGUCCAAAUGAAGUGGGAUUUACUCCCAAGUAAGAGGGGUGAGAGUCCAGCUUUGGUUCCCCUGAAGGCAACAUGAAUUCAUACUAACUUUUGAUUUCAAUGGGACCUAGCCAUGACUAUCUACUAUUGAUAGAGGCACAAAUGUACCCCAGUGUGUCAUUGGAUCACGGCCACUUUGUGAAAGUAAUAACAGUAUCACUUAUCGUCAGGGCUGGUUAUAGUAGGGCUGCCAUAUGUCCAGAAUUUCCCUGACAUAGCCGGGAUUCAUCUGUCAAAAAUGGCUUCCGUGCAGAAUUUUGAAAAGUGGCUACAAUAUCCAGGAAAACCGGGGGGGGGGGGGAGGGACGGCAGCCCAAAUAGGAAGUGUUGGUUUUUUGGUGAUUUCUGUAAAAAAAAAAAAAAAAAAGGUAAAAACUUCAUUCGGAGAUUUUGCAAAACAAAAGGGAAAAAAAACCCUCAGCAUCUCCCCCCCCCCCAGUGUUCGGAUUUUCACUUUUUGAAAUCUGGCAACCCUAGCUUAUGGUUAUGCACAAAGGGCAUGCAUAGGCCCUCCAGAGGCUGUUGGACUACAAUUCCCAGCAUCCUUGGCCACUGGCCAUGCUGGCCGGGGCUGCUGGGACUUGGAGUCCAUCAACAUCUGGAGGGCUACACACACAGACCCAGCUUAGCUGUGCAGCUAGGGCCGGCAUAGGCAAACUCCAGAUGUUUUGGGACUACAACUCCCAUCAUCCCUAGCUAACAGGACCAGUGAUCAGGGAUGAUGGGAGUUGUAGUCCCAAAACACCUGGAGUUUGCCUAUGCCUGAGCUAGGGUGACCAGAUGCAAAGAAGAGGGACAGGGCUCUAGCACCUUUAAUAGGUAUGUAGAAGAGGGGAUUUCCCCAGAUGUGGUUUGCAUGACAAGGUGCACCUGCUGAAGUCCAGGCUUCUAUGCACAACUGUUUAAGGUUCAGGAGCCCUGCUCACUUAUGCACCUGGCCACCCAACAUACAGCAUUACUGACAUUAUUUCACCAGCACUCAGAACGUUGUGGCUUUAACUCUGGGAACAGUAGCAAAACUUUAAAUGUGCAAAUCUACCCAGAGGUGAGAGUAAAACCAGGCCUCCUGACCUAGGCUCCUAUGGUUGCUUUUUUCUUCUUCUUAAAUCAAUUUGGUUUAAGGUGCAAUCGUAAACAGAUUUACCUAGUAAAAGUCCAAUUGAACUCAGACUAACUCCUGAGCAGAGGCGUAGGAAGGUCAGGUGGUACCCGGUGCGGAAAAUUUCUUGUCACCCCCCUACACAUUGAUUUUUAUUUUUAUUUUUGCAGGAAAAAAUGGUUUUACAUUAUUUCAUAUUUUCUUACAAAGGAAUAAUAAUAAUAAUAAACUUUUAUUUAUAUCCCACCCUCCGCGGCCGAAGUCAGGCUCAGGGCGGCUAACAUCAGAUACAUAGCACUGGUAUAAAAUCAAACAAUAAUUAAAUUACCUCCUAAAAACAUGUCAAAAUCAAAUUAAAGUCUAAUUAGAUGGCUUUCCGCAGGGUUAGGGUUGGGAACAGUAAAUGCUCUAAUGAAUUGAAAUUUCAGCCUUCACGACAUAGGAAAACGGCCAAGUAAACAGCUAUUUUCGUGGCGGAGGGUCAAUAUAUUAACUGAUAUGCAUGAAAUUUCAUAUAUAGCUAUAUAAUCCCUAGUGUAGUAAGAUAAGACUUUUGGAGCAGGCAUUUUUUUAAAAAAAUAAUAAUAUCAUGAACCACCCUAGUAGGGCAGUAAUUGUUCCUUGCUAGUUUGUCACCCCCCUCCAUGAUGGAACCUGGGGGAACCCACCCCCCCUUCCUACGCCCCUGCUCCUGAGUAGGUUUGCAUGGGAUUGCAUUGUGAUGCGAACUUCAUAGCCCAAGGUCUCGGGGUUUUUUUAGAGUUUGCAGACAUGUACACAAAAUAGUACAUUAUUACUUCUGGAGUGGGGAUGUCUUGUUCUCUGAACAUCUUGCAACCGUAAAUGAUUGUUACAAUUGUUAACACAUUAAUGCAAACUGCACCAAUAGUGAUUUUGGGUCAAACAGUACAACUUUGCACAUGUCUACUCAGAAGUAAGCCCCGAUUGUGGUCAAUGGGACUUACUCCCAAGUAAGGGUUUAUAGUAUUACAGCCUAAAUCUAAUUCCAGCACUAGCUUGAACGUGUCAUUUGAUUUAGGUUGUUCCAUGCGAUACAUUAUAUAUAAGCCUAGGCAACAAAAACUGCAGGUUGCAUUUUGUUAGAGAAAAAGCAUAUCAACAGAGAGAGAUAUUUUCCCCAAAACUGUCCAAAGCCAUACAAAUCCAAAUGCUUUGAUUUCAAUAAGACCAAUGCUAAGAGGGUUUUUUUUGGGGGGGGAGGGGAGUUGUAUUUUGCCACAAAUUAAUAAGACUCCUAGCCAUCCGGGAUGGUGGCUAUAUUAAAUCACUAGGAUUACCCAUUUGAAUGACAAUUAAAACUCUUCCAGCCAAAACUCAUCUAGCUGUACUUAGUGGCUGCUUUCAAAAUUAUAGUGUGCUGAGCAAGGCUGUCUCAGCUUGGGAGACAAAUCUUUUAUAUACGCAGAUGUCUGGCUUCUGAAAGCUUUGCCAUUUGUUUUGUCUUGAUCAAUAGUUUUAACUAGACAAAACUCUUUCCAAAGGGGGAAUUUAUAGCUGCCACUCGGUUUUGGGGAAUUAAAGAAGGGGGAAGUCUUUGGUCAAGUUAGCCUAUUGCAGCUCUCUUCUUUCUGUAAGCAGUGGAGCCCAGGUGAGCCUUUACAAUGUAUGUUCCCUUUGGGAGGAAAAAGAAAUAGAGACUUUGGUGAGUAGAUGCCAGAGCUUUGAUCUAAUCCAGCAUCAUUCUUCUAAAGCUUAGAAAGGAAGAAGGGGGCAGUGGCAUGAAAGAAACACAAAGGAAAAACAGAUAAGUUGAAAGAAACAGAUAGAGCAAUAGCUGGCAAGCAGAAGGGACAGGAGAGGAUACAGGUAACAUCAGGAAGAGUGUGUGGAGGGGGGAGUGAAAGAUUCUGCCAGCAUCUUCUACUUUGGGCUGGGAAAGUUGUCUGUGAUGCACCUUGACUGCACAUUUCUAGUAACCGGUCCUUUCUAUAGCACUUCUCAGUGCACAGCCAGUGUAAUGUACCUGCCGCCCUCCAGAAAUUACUUAACUACGACUCUCAAUAUUCUUGCAAAAGUGUCUUGUAGUUCAAGAUAGUUUAGUCAGUAGAACAUGAGACUCUUGAUCUUAGGGACAUGGGUUCGAGCCCAACGUUGGGCAAAAAGAUUACUGCAUUGCAGGAGGUUGGACUAGAUGGCCCUUGUGGUCCCUUCCAACUUGACAGAUUCUAUUAUUUAUCCUUGCAACAAUUCAAUAAGAACAGCUACACUGGGGGUCACAAUUUGCCCAAGGCCCUGCAGUAAGCUUUGCAGUAAGCCCUGGUGCAAAGUCAAACUCAGUUCUCCGACCAGUUAGUGUGACUCUCUAAAAUUCACUUUCCCUACAUGCACCAAAGGAUGUUAGCCUCGUCCUUAAAAAAGUAUUUUUGCAAGGCAACAUUUUCUUACAGAACUUAGUAAAUGCACUCUAAAAUGUGUCAUCACCCCCUAUUUGAGCUCAUUGGACUGGGACUCUUGGCUACAAAAACCAAGGAACUGUAACUGAAGCUAAGCCCCAAGAAACCUCAAGGUAUUUUAAAAGAAAGAAUUAAGCCAUGAUUCUUCCCAGCACAUGUUCCAUCAUUAAAGACAGCUCAAGAACAACUGUAGCUUUCAAACGAGGCUGGUAGCUCAGUGACCACUAUUUAACUGCUAAUCCAAACCCAUAUUGAAUGAAUAAACACUGGCAAUUAUUUGAGUAGGACACAGAAGUAAUAGAUGAGGGGUACUCUUGUCUUUUCUUAAACUAAGACCUAGUGAGGUGCCACAUUUAAUCAUUUGCAGUUUGUUUCUACUGUGUAUUCACCAUGAACACGCAUUGCCACAAGAGAGAGAGAGAAAGCUGUAUUUCAAAUGUACUUAAACACCCCCAAAUAUAUUUUUCAGGACAUAAAACAGAUUCAUUUGUUGGACUCAUGGGCAAAAGAUCUUUAGAUUCUGGUAUGUAUAAACUACAGCGAAGCCUGCAAGCACAACCUCUCUAACCUACUAUUUUAAAUAGUAAUAAUAAUAAGUAUGUUCAUAAUAUAUCCAUCUUCACAUAGGAAGUUGCCUCCCGCCAUUGGCUCAUCUUGCACCUGGAACCUGAGACUUCGUGCAUGCCAAACCUGAGCUCUGCCAUUGAGUUUCAGUGCCUCCCUCAGUCAAACAGCUCUUGGCUGAAGUAACAACCAGUUGCAUAUUUUUGGGUGGCAAAACUGCUUCAUGGAGGGGAAAGGCACCAUGCCAUACCUCUCCAGUCAAACCUAUUUUCACAUUAAGCUGUCAUUCUGUUGCUGCUAGUUUAUCAAGGCUUCAUUUACCCACCGAAAAUGUGAUGUCUGCUAGUGGGUCCACGAGACAUGUAAUUACUGAAUAACAGGAAAAAAGAGACUGUGGUUAGUUUAUAUGUGUUCUAUAGACUAUUGAAAGGUUUUAAAGGAACACCCUCUGCUAUUUUCUUAAGUGGAGUAGGAAACCAAACUGCCUAACAUGUUUAGCAAUUAUUUAAGCUUGCGUUGCAAACUAUUUUUCUGAAAUUCCAAUUGUCGGUUGCUUUAUUUCCAACCCAGUAGCGUUCAUCACUGCAAUAUUAUGUCGGUACUCUGUUUAGUUUUACAAAUUGCUAUGAAUCAUGAGCAAUUGAGUGUAGGGUUUAUCUCUGGGUAGAGUAGCCAUUAGAUACUAAGGCACUUGCAAAUACCAAUUGACAGAUUCAAGCUCGAGUUGAGAUUCUGUUCCUAUUGUGAUCUGAAAAUACAAGAAGUGCGAAUAACCAUGUUUUUAAAAAAAUCUUAUUACUUCAGAAUUGCUGUAAUGUAUAGAAUAAUUUACAGCUAGUUGCCUAAAGUGAGCAUGAACAAUAGAUAUUCAUCACCACACUUGGAAACUGAAAUAUUCUAGCCUGGAAGAUUAAGUUCCGAUUUCAAUCAUCUCAGUAUUCAUUGUUCUUCUCCUCUACUCUGGUGUCACCCACAGAGCCUGAGUGGCUGAAGACAAUGAAAUAUAUAGAUCUGAUUGCAGAAAUGAAAGGAGGACAGUGUCUUUCAUUGCUAGAGAUAUAUACCAGAGUUUUAUGUACAAAAAAACCCCUCUUAUUGCAUUUUGGUGUGCUGCAGAAAAACAAAACAAAAAAUGGGAAGUGGUUUCUUUUUAAAGAGACAUUUUCCACACUUUAGUUCAAUCAAAUGUUGAUGCUAAAGUAGUACUGACAUACCCUGUAAUUUAUUCACUUUAGAGCGGUCCUUUUAAAUUCAGUGGGGCUUCUUCAAAGUGUCCGAGCAAGAUUGUGACCUAGCUCCCAAUUCACUGUGCAACACCAGACCUCUGGGAUUAGUCACCUACUGGAAAUUAUAUAACAGUAACCUGAAAUUAAGAAGUCUCCUUUCUGAAAGAUAUUGUAUAGACAUUACAGAUGGCACCAGGGUUCCAGGCAGACGGACAGCUUUUGAGAUAUUUUGAGCUGUAAGGGAGUCAAGCAAGUCAUUGCCUCCCAGUUUCCCAACUGGGAAUAUAUGGUUUGUAUAAGCUACUGAGCAUGCUCAAUCCUUAUUAUGUUUUUUUGUGAGGAAAGGGUAGCCUCAUUUUGUUUUGCUCUUUCUUUAAAAAAGGUUUUGUACAUCUGCCUUCCUUGGGGUUCACACAAGUAUGUUGAUACCUCGCUUUCGCUUCUCCAGCGUCCAGUCCUGUCGACACUCAGCCACCUGAGUCUGCUGUUAUACAGAAUGACAGCACUGUGCAAACAUUAGCAAUCGCAUAAUAUCAUUUUCUUUGGGUGUAUCUUCCUUUGUUAAAUAAGCUCUCAUUGAAAGGCUCUGCCUCUAGGAGAACUGAACCAAGUCUAUGGGGACUAGGCCUGUUCCAGACCGUCCAAGUGUCCCUAUUUUCCAGGGACAGUUCCUGAUUUAGAGAAGCCAUCCCAGUUUCUAAUUUGAUCCCAGAAUGUCCCGCUUUUCCUUAGCCUCCCUAUUUUCAUGGAAGAAAUGUUGGAGGGGAGUUAUCUGACCCCUGAGCCACCUGAAGGCAGCCCUGUAUAGGGAAGUUUUUCAAAUGUUUAAUGUUUUGUUAUGUUUUAUAUAUAUGCUGGAAGCUACUCAGAGUAGUUACGGUAGUUAGGGCAACCAAAUCAGAUAGACAGGGUAUAUAUAGUAUAAUUACUAUUAUGGAAUAGGUUGUCCUGUUUUCAUCAGAGAAAAAAUGGAGGGUAUGCUGUUCUAACUAAGGGGAAGGGCAGAUAGAAACUCUGAAUGCUUGUGUGGAGCUACUUUAAACUGAGUUACUGUGUGGGUCCAUUUCAUGCAGCAAUGUCUUCCCUGACUGUAAGUAUCCAGGUUCUCAGACAGAGGUCAUUCCUAUUGUCUACUAUGUAAUCCUUUAUAAAUGGAGAUACACAGGAUUGAAUCUGGCAACUUUUGAAGGUAUGCAAGUCAACUACUCUAUCAGUGAACUAUGAUCCCAUGAACCUCUGAGCAGGCAUUAAUCUGGACUGAGGUCUUGGCCUAUUGUUCAGCAAACCUUGUGACAUUCUGCUGCUUCCUUAAGCAUUUAGGAUUUCAGGACUUCUUUUUAGAGUAGAUGACUGGUAGAAUCCAUCAAGCAGCCAGGAUGAUACCGAGUUAGGAACAUUUCUUGUACAGGAAGGGGUUGUUCACAAGUCUUUGGGGUGGUCAAAGUUCUGGAAGUGAUUUUUGCUACUAAUAUGUGGUGCCCUUCCCUUUUUACAGGUAGCUAAGAUAAUUUUUCAGCCUCUCUCGUCUCCUCGGUCUAGCCCCUCUGAGGCACCAGGGGAAUGUAGCCGGCCUCUGUCACACUGCCUCAUAUGCCACCAGUUCUCCCAAGUCUUUCAGCCCUCCAGACUGCCUAGGCUUUGUGAGUCAGAGACAAACUCCAGGCUUCAGGCCUGCCCUGAAUGUUGCCAGCUGACCCAACUGCAUGGAGAUGGUCAGCUGAUGUCACAGGCAAAUGAAGACUCAACCUGCCACACUGAAAGACCAAUUUCUUACAAACGCGGAAUGAGUCUUCUGCAGCACCAGUAGCAGUGCCAGUUCCGCGAAUCAGAGCGGUCAUAUAAAGUAUACAAAGCACUUCGUUUGCUAUGCCCCUUCUAAUUCCAACCUCUUAACAUAAUGAAGAGCAAGUUUAAACUAGAGGCAUCUUUUGCUACAACUACUUCCAGUUCUGUAUUUCUAAUCCGUCACAAGUGUGGAUUAGAAAAGCCCCACUUGAAAAACCACUUUAUCUCCAACUGUAAGAGCAAAUGGGCGAUUAAACUAAAUCUUGACUGUACAGGCCCUGGUGGAGCCCUGGUUCUUAUGUUGCAGCAAAUGCUGAAGGCAGGAAAAUUCAUGUUUAAGGAAAGGUGUGCCAGUGUGGACCUUUCUCUGCUUCCUUGGUUCGACUGACAUUCUAAAAAUCUACCCCAUAAUAGUGAAAUGCAAUUAGAAGGGGCAGAGAGAGCAGAGCAGUUACCUUCCACAUUUAGCCUGUUGCAUGCUGUGUUUUUUUCUCAUUCUCCUUAUUGGAUGAUGUGAAUUUUCACAGCAGCUGAUGAUAUGAAAAGCCGGCGUGAAGGGGUCUUAGCUGCUCUUCCAAUACCAUAGGCAGGGCCACCUCGCCUAUGAAGCAGGGUGAGGCAGCUGCCUCGGGCAGCAGACCUGGGUGGAGCGGCAGAUCCACCUGCUGCCACCUCUGCUGCCUUCUUCUCCACCACCACCACCACCGCCUCCUCCUCUCAUCCCAAUGCUUCUCUCCACGUUCCCCUUUCAUUCCAAUGCUGGUUUUCACUCCUCCCUCUCAUCUCAAUUGGCAGCAGAGGUGCCAUUUUGUGGUUCACCUCAGGUGCCAAAAUACCUUGGGCUGGCCUUGAUCGUAGGGCAUUGCAAUGCUUCAGAAUUUUUUGCUAUCAGAAAUGAGUGGCAUCUCUUUUGACAUCUAAGUUAACCAGUAAAUGAGCAACUGUAGCCACAGAUGAACAAUUAAACACCCCACUUCAUCCCAGCCCCAAACCAAUGCUGGCUACUGUGCCACGGGGCACUUCUUGAAUAACUGAGUCAGUGAUGUUAGUUAUAAUGUGUCUAAGGAUGGGGAAUAAAUUUGAUUCUAUUUGCAUUUAAAGACAAACCUACCUAAUUCACAAAAGGGCAUAUAUUAGGAGAAAUUCACAUUUUUAUGAGGACUAUUUUAAAAAUCACAAACAGAUAUUGAAAUCUGAAGUGAAGAUGGGGGGGGAUGAGAAAUUGGAAUUGAGAGAUUUGCCCAUCCCUGGUUAACUGCUUUCUUUUUGCUGCUUUCGCUUGUCUCUCUUAUCUUUCCUCCUCAACAUCCUGCACCAACAGUUCUUUGAAGGACUUCCACUUUAUUUCCUCACCAUUCUGAGCCCCUCUUCUUUGCCAGCUUGUGUUCUAAAACCACUCGGAGCAGAAGACCAGGGGUGAGGACCCUGUAGGACCCUCGAGAUGCUGUUGGAUUCCAACUCCCAUCAGCCUCAGUCAGCAUGGCCAAUAGUCAAGGAUCAUGGGAGUUGGAGGCCGACAGCAUCUGGGGGCCACAAUUGGUAUAGUAGCCAUGAUUGAUUUAUAGGGAAAUUAAUGCACUGGCAAAGGCACACACUUCAAUUGGGAUGCACAAACGCAACUUGAGACCUACAGAGGAGAGAUCAAACAGGCGGGGAAUGCAAAGCACAGUACAUUUCACACAUUGAAACCAAAACUAUACUGGAAGGAAGGACACUCUUGGCUGCAAAGCACCUGAUCACAACAGCCAUGUGCACAGCUUUUUCCUGGUCUUGAUCAACUGCCAGUGAGAUUUGGGGCCAGGGAGGAUGUCAUAAAUUCGGAUGCUCUACCAUGUUAAAAGUUAACAAGAAUCUGCACAGAAAAUAAACAUGUGAGAGACUCCUGCUUUCUGUCCUGACAAGCUAGGGAAUGCGCAGGAACAUUUAACUUGUGGGAACGUUCAUUUGAUCCUCCCACAUCUGUAAUCUGAAGUGGCUUAGCCCAGCAACAGGUACAUGAGACGAGGCUACCAACUGGGCGUCUUAUUUAGCAGCUUAACAUGAGCAGCCCUCAUCCUUAAAGAUCUGUGCCAGUCCAAAAGUUAUUGUAGCAAAUGCUAUCAGCACUACUGUGGAGGGAAGGGACGAAAGGAGAGGCAGAAAGGUAAUGCAAAACCUUAGGAUGCCACCAUUUUCUCUGAUUUACUUUUUGGUACCUUUGGGCACUGUCUAAAAGGAUGGGUCCCACCCAGCACUUGCCUCUCUGGGUGCUAAGCUACCAAGACAACCCUGAUUUCAACAGGAGUUGGCCUCCCCAAAGUUCCAUACACUCAAAGAACCACAGAGGUAGAAGGUCCCAAAGACUUAACUCCAUACUCGGAAUUGACAAGGCAGGAUCUUGCAACUACAGCGCUCCUGACCAAUGACUGCCUAGCCUCUGCUUCAAUACCUCCAUCAAAGGAGAGCCCACCCUUUCUCUUGCCAAACAGGUUCUUCUUAUGUUCCUUUGUUCUCUUCUCCAGGGUAAACAUAUGCAGCUCUUUCAACCAUCUCUCAUAAGACUGUCCUGGUCACCCUCCUCUGGAUAUACUCCAGUUUGACAUAGGAAGCAGCCUCAUACAGAAUCACAGUCAGUAAUGUUCACACUGAGCAGCAGUGGUUUUGCCAGUCCUACCUAGAAGAUGCUAGGGACUGAACCGGGGACCUUCUGCAUGCAAAUCAGAUGUUCUGCUAUGGACCCACAGUCCUUCUCCAUCCUUCUUCAAUGUCAAUGGCUUCCUUAACAUGUGGUACCCGAACUGGGCCUGGAAGUCCUAUGCAGGCUAUAGUGGAAUAAGCUUAUGCUUCUAGACCGAUUUACCAUGAUUCAUACAAUGUCCGAUAGCUGAACGGCAUUCAAAUUAACAUGUCAUGCUUUGUUGUUGUUUUGUUUCCCUCCCAGGAUCUUCUGAAUGGAAUGCAGCGCAGAUGUACGAAAGGAGACGUAAAUGAGACUUCCCUGUCCGUUAUAUGUUGAGAUUUGUUUGUUUAAAUGGCCAAGUUAGUGUAAUAUAGAAGAGCCAUUGCAAGGAAUUAUUUAUUUAAGACUGGUCUUUCUUUUUUUAACGUUGUAAAUUUAAUUAAAAAAACAAAACACAAUUAUUUUCCCCCACCCCUUCCUAUUGUGGCAUUGAUACAUACAGUAAAGUGGUAUGUGAAAGAUGGAUUCUACUAUGGCAACUCCGUACGGAAUAAAGAAAUCCCUGGUGUUUCACAACAAAGCACAUUAUUUGAUAUGUUCUGUGAAAGAGAUGUUCACCAAAUGUUUUAAAAAAGUGGUAAAGAAAUAAUAAUAAUAAUAAUAAACCUUUGUUAAUUUAUAGCAAUUGUAUCAGCUUCACUACCAACGCCAAUUUGCUCUGGUGUCUAGUGCCUCAAUUUGUGUUCAUAGCCAAAAGGGGAAAAAAUGUACUGUAAUUUCUGUAGCUAAAAUAUAUUUGUAUCAUUGCAGCAUGGUUUUUUUGUUUGUUUGUUUGUUUGUUUCAUGCACACACAUAUAUUUUAAAAAGAGAGAGCUUUAAAUGUGAAUCUAGAAGUCUUUGUUUCAUUAUCUGGCAUUUUACAGCAGUUAACACUUUAAAUAAAAGAAAAAUCUACUCUGG